GGUUGGAAAAAUAAUGGCCUGCUCAACAUCAAUGAGAAGGAGACCAUGCAGAUUCUGAAUGACCGUCUUUCAUCCUAUCUAGAUAAAGUACGCUUACUGGAGCAGGAAAAUGCCCAGCUGGAGAAGAAGAUCUGUGAGUGGUAUGCAAAGAAUGCACCAAGCUCACUGCCUGACUCUAGUCAGUACUUCAGAACCAUCACAGACCUCCAGAAUCAGAUCUCAACAGCAACAACAGAAAAUGCCAGAAUUAUCCUUCAAAUAGAUAACGCCAGGCUUGCUAUUGAUGACUUCAGGAGCAAGUAUGAGAUGGAGCUCAGAAGCCGUGAAACUGUUGAAGGAGAUCUGAUCAACCUUCGUAGGAUUCUAGAAGGACUGAACAGGGACGGUUGUGAAUUGGGAAUGCAGGUGCAAAACUUUCAGGAGGAGCUCCAGGAAAUGAAAAAGAACCACGAGGAGGAGGUCAGCUGUCUUCGAGCUCAACUGGGUGCCAGAGUUAAUGUGGAAGUGAACGCUGCACCUUCAAUCGAUCUAAACAAAGCAUUGUCUGAAAUUCGACAGCAAUAUGAAAAUUUGAUGGAGCAAAAUAUGAGGGAAGCUGAGAACAUGUUUCUUACUAGGAGUGAAGAACUGAAUCGCCAGGUGGAAUCAGGGUCAAUUCAAAUGCAGUCUGUCCAAACUGAUCUGAUAGACUUGAAACGCUCCGUGCAGACCCUGGAGAUUGAGCUUCAGAGUCAGUUGAGCAUGACAUCGGCUCUAGAGACAACUUUGGCUGAGACACAAGCUACUUACGGUUCACAACUUGCCCAGUUGCAAAAUUUGAUCAACAAUGUAGAAGGACAGUUGGCUAAAAUUAAAUCAGACUUGGAGCGCCAGAAUCAAGAGUACAGGCUGCUCAUGGACCAAAAGACCCACCUGGAGAUGGAGAUUGCUACCUACAAACGACUAAUAGAAGCACAUGACAUCCCGUAUGAAAAACUAUUUUACUCAUAA